UGCAGGGACUUCUUGCCCCGAGGAUCUGGCAUUGUCACGCGACGUCCCCUGGUCCUGCAGCUGGUCAAUGCUAACACAGAAUACGCGGAGUUCCUGCACUGCAAGGGGAAGAAGUUCACUGACUUCGAGGAGGUGCGCCUGGAAAUCGAGGCCGAGACCGACCGGGUCACCGGUACCAACAAGGGCAUCUCUCCGGUGCCGAUAAACCUGCGGGUCUACUCGCCGCACGUACUGAACCUGACGCUGGUGGACCUGCCCGGAAUGACCAAGGUGCCCGUGGGAGACCAGCCUGCGGACAUCGAGUUCCAGAUCCGAGACAUGCUUAUGCAGUUCGUCACCAAGGAGAACUGCCUCAUCUUGGCGGUGUCCCCUGCCAACUCCGACCUGGCCAACUCUGAUGCCCUCAAGGUGGCCAAGGAGGUGGACCCCCAGGGUCAGCGCACCAUUGGGGUCAUCACCAAGCUGGACCUGAUGGAUGAGGGCACAGAUGCCAGGGAUGUGCUGGAGAACAAGCUGCUCCCCCUGCGCAGAGGCUACAUUGGGGUGGUGAACAGGAGCCAGAAGGACAUAGAUGGCAAGAAAGACAUCACGGCUGCCUUGGCCGCUGAGCGCAAGUUCUUCCUCUCCCACCCAUCCUAUCGCCACCUGGCUGACCGCAUGGGGACACCCUACCUGCAGAAGGUCCUCAACCAGCAACUGACGAACCACAUCCGGGACACACUGCCUGGGCUGCGGAACAAGCUGCAGAGCCAGCUGCUGUCCAUCGAGAAGGAGGUGGAGGAGUACAAGAACUUCCGCCCUGAUGACCCUUCACGGAAGACCAAGGCCCUGCUCCAGAUGGUCCAGCAGUUUGCAGUGGACUUUGAGAAGCGUAUUGAGGGCUCUGGAGACCAGAUCGACACCUAUGAGCUGUCUGGGGGAGCCCGCAUCAACCGGAUCUUCCAUGAACGCUUCCCCUUUGAGCUAGUCAAGAUGGAGUUUGAUGAGAAAGAACUUCGAAGGGAGAUCAGCUAUGCCAUCAAGAAUAUCCAUGGCAUUAGGACGGGCCUCUUCACUCCUGACCUCGCUUUUGAAGCCACAGUGAAAAAGCAGGUGCAGAAGCUCAAAGAGCCCAGUAUCAAGUGUGUGGAUAUGGUAGUCAGUGAGCUCACCACCACCAUCAGAAAGUGUAGUGAAAAGCUCCAGCAGUACCCUCGGCUGCGGGAGGAGAUGGAGCGCAUUGUGACCACCCACAUCCGGGAGCGUGAGGGCCGCACCAAGGAGCAGGUCAUGCUUCUCAUCGAUAUUGAGCUGGCUUACAUGAACACCAACCACGAGGACUUCAUAGGCUUUGCCAAUGCUCAGCAGAGGAGCAACCAGAUGAACAAGAAGAAGGCUUCAGGCAACCAGGAUGAGAUUCUGGUCAUCCGGAAGGGCUGGCUGACCAUCAAUAAUAUUGGCAUCAUGAAGGGGGGUUCCAAGGAGUACUGGUUUGUGCUGACUGCUGAGAAUCUUUCCUGGUAUAAGGACGAUGAGGAGAAAGAGAAGAAAUACAUGCUGUCUGUGGACAACCUGAAGCUGCGUGACGUGGAGAAGGGGUUCAUGUCCAGCAAGCAUAUAUUUGCCCUCUUCAACACAGAGCAGAGGAAUGUCUACAAGGAUUACCGGCAGCUGGAACUGGCCUGUGAGACCCAGGAGGAGGUGGACAGCUGGAAGGCCUCCUUCCUGAGGGCUGGCGUGUACCCUGAGCGUGUUGGGGACAAGGAGAAAGCCAGCGAGUCGGAGGAGAAUGGCUCAGACAGCUUCAUGCACUCCAUGGACCCACAGCUGGAACGGCAGGUGGAGACCAUCCGGAACCUGGUAGACUCAUACAUGGCCAUUGUCAACAAGACAGUGCGGGACCUCAUGCCCAAGACCAUCAUGCACCUCAUGAUUAACAAUACCAAGGAGUUCAUCUUCUCAGAGCUGCUGGCCAACCUGUACUCCUGCGGGGACCAGAACACACUGAUGGAGGAGUCGGCGGAGCAGGCACAGCGGCGCGACGAGAUGCUGCGCAUGUAUCACGCGCUGAAGGAGGCGCUCAGCAUCAUCGGCGACAUCAACACGACCACCGUCAGCACGCCUAUGCCCCCGCCCGUGGACGACUCCUGGCUGCAGGUGCAGAGCGUACCGGCCGGACGCAGAUCGCCCACGUCCAGCCCCACGCCGCAGCGCCGAGCCCCCGCCGUGCCCCCAGCCCGGCCCGGGUCGCGGGGCCCUGCUCCUGGGCCUCCGCCUGCUGGGUCCGCCCUGGGGGGGGCGCCCCCCGUGCCCUCCAGGCCGGGGGCUUCCCCUGACCCCUUCGGCCCCCCUCCCCAGGUGCCCUCGCGCCCCAACCGCGCCCCGCCUGGGGUCCCCAGAAUCACUAUCAGUGACCCCUGAGGAAUGUCAGCCACGCCGAUCGGGUCAGGCAAGUCCGUCCCGUCCUGAGAGCCCCAGGCCCCCCUUCGACCUCUAACCAGAUCCCUCCUAUUCCUCGGAGACCUCCCUCUCCAAGCCUGCCUGGACAGCUGCUCUGUGACUUGACAGUGGCCCCCCACCCCGGCCCCAAAGCAUCCCUUUUCAUCUGUGACUUAGUCUGCCGUAGUGGUGAGCUGACACAUCCAGGCGUGACGUUGGUGAAAACUUGUGUCCCUCUGUGGUAUUGCUCCCGCCCUGUUCUAUAAAUAUCUAUAAAUACUCUAUACAUAUAUAUACAUAUAUAUGGCUGACUCAGCCACGCCUCUAGUGUUGGGAAUCAGUCACCAUGCUAUCCUUGUGGAGUCGUGUGGCCUCAAUACAAGGGAAUGCUGUCGCCCUGAUGUCCCCGGCUCCACAGUGUGCCACCUUCAGUGAGCCUCUCUGUCCUGCUUGGCCUGUGGACAGCCAGCCCCCUCAGCCAUCCUUCUGUUGCCGCUCGAAGCAUGGGGGCGCUGUGCUGGCAGCUGCUGGCUCUCUGAAGGCCUCCAGUCUUGCUGUCUCUCGGCUGAGAAUAAAACUCAUUCCUGGAUGGUGGGGAACCGUG